CAACUGUGCACUUACGUAAUGACGAUUGUGCAACACCGCCCCCAGCCUCCUUCUCACAAAUUUGGACUCUUUUCGUAUUCCAUCCAUCACAUUCCUCCUUUGCAAUCCUUUUGAAUUCUCCAAUUCUCUUUUUCUAAAACACGCACAAUGUCUCGAUCCGGUGUCGCCCUUAGCAACGAGUGCCAGUCCGUUUUCCAGGAGCUCAAGCUCGGAAAGUCGCUCAAGUUCAUCAUCUUCAAGCUGAACGACGCCAAGACCGAGAUCGUCGUUGACCAGAAGUCGACCAGCUCCUCGUACGACGACUUCAUCGGCGAGCUGCCCGAGAACGACUGCCGAUACGCCGUCUACGACUUUGAGUACGAGCUUGGUGCCGAGGGCAAGAGAUCCAAGAUCUGCUUCUACAUCUGGUCGCCCGAUACCGCUCCCGUCCGAAGCAAGAUGCUUUACGCCUCGUCGAAGGAUGCUAUCCGCCGUGCUUUGACCGGUAUCUCUUCUGAGAUACAGGGCACUGACUUCAGCGAGGUUGCCUACGAGUCUGUUUUCGACAAGGUCUCCAAGGGUGCUGGCUCGCACUAAAUUCUUAUUCAGUAAAUACUCUUUUUGAGCUAUUUUUUUGAGUUUUACUUUUAUCCCACAAUGUUUGAAUAUUCUUUUGUCUGCGUAUGUUUAUAUUUUUUGUCCCAAGUAUGAUUUGUAAGGAAACACUUGAUACGGAGAUGCGGAAAGUCGAAUGAUUGUACGAGAGAAAAGUAUUCACGCACAUAUGCAAUGCAAUUAGAUUUUGUAUUAUUCUA